AUGAAGCCCGCGGAGUCAGGAGAGUCUCAGGGGGCCAAGAGACCACCCCGGCGUCACACGAGAAAGGUCAGGGCCUCUAUCGCAUGCAGCGUGUGCCGGGCCCGAAAAGUGAGGUGCAAUGUGGCUGCCGAUGGCCCGCCCUGCACCAACUGUCGUCUUGAUGGCAUCAAGUGCACGAUUCCGCAGGAAAAGCGUCCACGACUCCAUCACCGUCACCCCGCCGCCGUUGGCAACGCCCUCGGCAUCAGCAAGCUCGGCGCCGCUGCUCCCGCGACCUACGCCGAGCACAGAAUCCACCAUCGCAUUCCCGGCCAGCACAUCUCGCGCGUAACGCAGCUGCUUCAAGAGUCAUCCGAGACUAGUCCACCGGCCGCCAGCGACGACUUGAAUCGCAUGGUUAUCGACGAAGCCGAGAAGGAGCAGCCAGCUGCACGAACGGGAUGGAGAAUGUAUCCCUGGAACAAACUCCCCAGCUUCAUUGUGCCCAUCACCACCCCCGUGCCUCGCGCGACGGCAGAUUAUCUCGCCGCCAACGAGGCAUUCGCCUUUCCAGGCUUCAUCCGAUUCGUCUACCCCCUCUAUCCCAUGUUCGAUCUCGGAGACCUGGAGGCGCUGGCAUCUGAGGGCCCGAUUGAUGGGCUACGGACGAGUUUUACCAUAUUAACUUUCCAGGCAAUGCUCCUCGCUGCUAUACCUGAAGACCCGACCAUCAUCGGGGACAAGACAUCCGGCGGCGACCCCUUGCUGCGAAUGAGGGCGGCGUCGUGUCUCACGUUAACGGCGAGGCUUGUGACUAUCGUCGCCCAGAUCCUGCACACCGAUUUUGCCGAUAUCCCGAGCAAUUCGGACAACAAGAGCGCCAUUUUCGAGUCUUGUGAGAAGGAGUUGAUCAGCUGGUCGGCAGAGUUCCUGCAGGCUUUCCCGGGGUCCUACCGGUCGAAAUUCGAGACCGGUCCUUUCUUCACCGUCUCCCUCUUGAUGCACGACACGGCCAUCAACGCUCUCUACUUGCCGAGGGUACUCGAGUCCCGUCAGCCCCAUAGCGCGUUGGCCUACAAGAUUCCGCAGUAUAGAGAGCGCAUGAGAAGAGCAGCGAUCCGCACCGUCGUCCUCAUAACGGAAGCCUUUGAGUCUGAGUGGGGAGAGACAAUACCGACGCAGUUCCCCAUUUCCAUCAUCGCCACCGUUUUUCAGGGGCAGGACGAUUUGCUAAUGAACCACCUCAGUUUCACCGCCGUCAUCUCCGCACUCCCCGUCCACAUGAUUGGCGUCAACUCGAAGAACAGAGAAAUCUCCAUGACGAGCCGGCGCUGCAUCGGCACCUGCGUCCGGUUCCUGCACCGCGUACAAUCCACCUACGGCAUGGCCCGCCACCUCCAGCAGGACGUCCUCAGCACCUUGUCGCGCAUGAAGGUCGCGCCGCGCAUACCGGGCGCUAGCGGUGCCGCCGGCGGUGCCAGCUCCGGCAGCGCCGCCGAGCCGAGCUCUUCCUCGGAGGGCUUUGCUGGCUACACGCUGCUGGGAUUCCGCGCGGGGCCCCGCGGGCCGCGGGCCGCUGACCCUACUUUAGGUGAGCACACCGACGGUCUCUCCGAGGCCUCUCUUGGCAAGCGGCUCCUGUACGAAGGCGGACACGCUGGCCUAGACGACGCGUGGUCCUCCUGCGGCAUGGACCUGCUGAGCGUGGAAGAUUUGGCCGAGAUGACGCAGGGUUUACAGGGCUGGUUUGACGAUAUAGACAUCGUCGCCAAGGGGCUUAGAACUGUAGCAGCUCUCUAUAUCCGCCAAGCUACUCGGUACGAGUUUGGUGUUCUCAACCGGCUACGAAACUACAAGCGCAAGCGUGCCUUGCGCAGGGGGACCGAGUAG